UCAAGCUACGGCGUGCUCGACCUGCCUGAUGCCGAUUCCAUCCCUGUGUGGAACAUCUAAACAACUUUUAUUAGUGGAAACAUUAUUUUGCUACAAAAUGAAUUCAGCAUCUUAAUUGAAACCAGCAUCUGUGUGGUUCUGAUUCAUCUGCUAUGGUUUAUGAAGCUUCAGAUCUAAGGAGUACAGGGUCUUCUGCGAUGACAAUAUGACUAAUAGUAAAGGAAGAUCUGUUACUAAUAAAACAAGUGGUGGUCCAAGCAGUGGAGGAGGUUUCGUAGACUGGACUUUAAGCUUACAUACAGUUCAAUCUGAUAAGUUUUUAAACUUAUUGUUGAGUAUGGUUCCAGUAAUUUACCAGAAGAACCCGGAAGACAGGCACAAAAAAGCGAACGGCAUUUGGCAAGAGGGGUUAUCAGCUGUGGCACAGACGUUUGGUACCAGAUCUGAGCCACACGUGGAGUAUCACAGGGUCCCGGAGCCGUCUUUCCAUGGCAAUAAUGGGCACACGCCAUCAAGCUAUAGCCCAAAGUACGACGACUAUGCCAACUACAAUUACUGUGACGGAGGGGAGGCCUCCGAAACGACCGCCAUGCUGCAAGCUGAGGAAAGGCCCAGUGACGGCGAGGAAGAUGUCAUCGUGGAAGCAAACCCAAAGCUGCCGAAGGAAUCCAGCGGCAUCAUGGCCCUGCAGAUCCUCGUGCCAUUUCUGCUAGCUGGCUUUGGAACCGUCUCUGCCGGCAUGGUUUUGGAUAUAGUCCAGCACUGGGAGGUGUUCAAAAAAGUAACCGAAGUUUUCAUUUUAGUUCCUGCACUACUUGGUCUCAAAGGGAACUUGGAAAUGACAUUGGCAUCUAGAUUAUCCACUGCAGUUCAAGCAACAGUCGUCGGUUUUCUAGCAGCCGUGGCGGCAGUUAUAUUGGGCUGGAUCCCAGAGGGGAAAUACUACCUUGAUCACUCCAUACUGUUGUGCUCUAGCAGCGUAGCAACUGCCUUCAUUGCCUCUCUUCUGCAGGGAAUAAUCAUGGUUGGGGUUAUCGUUGGUUCAAAGAAGACUGGUAUAAAUCCUGAUAAUGUUGCCACACCCAUUGCUGCUAGUUUUGGUGACCUUAUAACGCUUGCCAUAUUGGCUUGGAUAAGCCAGGGUUUGUACUCCUGUCUUGAGAAUUAUUACUACAUUUCUCCAUUGGUUGGUGUCUUUUUCUUGGCUCUAACUCCUAUCUGGAUUAUAGUAGCAGCCAAACAUCCAGCCACCAGGACAGUGCUCCACUCGGGCUGGGAGCCUGUCAUAACAGCUAUGGUUAUAAGUAGCAUUGGAGGCCUUAUUCUGGACACAACUGUAUCUGAUCCAAACUUGGUUGGAAUUGUUGUUUACACACCAGUUAUUAAUGGGAUUGGUGGUAAUUUGGUGGCCAUUCAGGCGAGCAGGAUUUCUACGUACCUCCACUUGCAUAGCAUUCCAGGAGAGCUGCCCGAUGAACGCAAAGGCUGUUACUACCCAUUUAGAACUUUCUUUGGUUCAGGAGUAAAUCAUAAGUCUGCUCAAGUUCUGCUGCUUUUAGUAAUUCCCGGACAUUUAAUUUUCCUCUACACGAUUCAUCUGAUGAAAAGUGGUCACACUUCGCUAACUGUAAUCUUCGUAGUAGUAUUUUUAUUUGCUGCUGUGUUACAGGUAUUUACCUUGCUGUGGAUCGCUGACUGGAUGGUCCGUCACUUCUGGAGGAAGGGAAAGGACCCGGACAGCUUCUCCAUCCCCUACCUAACGGCACUGGGGGACCUUCUUGGGACAGCGUUGUUAGCCUUAAGUUUUCAUUUUCUUUGGCUUAUUGGAGAUCGAGAUGGAGAUGUUGGAGACUAAUUAAUCCUACAAACUGCUCUCAAGGUACCGAGAAGGAAAACGCAAGAUAACCGCCAAUGGCUUUUUCAGAAAUCAUAAAUCAGUCGUUUGACUUCAGUCAGGGCACUCUGCACUUGGCCCUGAUUCCAUUAAAUGGCCUUAACGUUUUUUAAAGGAAUUUGUGUCGAACCAGAAUGAACAGUAUUUAUGCUAAUUUCACACAGACGUAGAAUCAAGCUCAAUCUCCGAAGUUAAUGAAGUAGGAAAGCCUAUAGGAUGUUUACAGUGAAUCAUUUUAAAACCACAGACACAGCAGAAAUGUACUUGAUUAUUGUUUAACCUAUAAUGCCAGUUUAGGGGAGAGUUCUAGUUUAACCUCUCUUGUCUCACGGAUGUGUGGUGCCUACCGCAUACCAUCCAUAGAAUGAAAGGGGCCCAACCACGCUUUUCAAUAGUUUUUAACUAUUCCUGCCUCUCUGCUAGAUGAGGAACAAUUUGCCAAUUACUUACUCCUCACCUGACCUAAAUAGGUUCUGCUGAGCAUAAGAUAAAUGGACUUUGACCUGCUGCUAUGAAUUUCCCUGUGCCAAUGCUAAUUCAAUUUCAUCUCUGCAAGUCCUUGGCAGGCUGCCCUUGAAACACAGAAUGACCUUGAGAGAUCUUUCAUGAAAGCAGUGGGUCAUUUUUGAUCAUUGAUUUGUUGAAAGAAUGUCGAUCUUGUUCAAAAGACUUAAUAGUUAAGAACAGGAAAUAAUCCAAGCUGCAUUUGUGGAGACGAGAAAGUGUGU